AUGGAGUUCAUUAACACGGUGAUCCAGGUUGAAUGUAAUGGAAGCCUGUUCCCAGUCAGAGUGUGUGAAGAGAUCCCAGCAGUAGGAAAGCCGUGUUACUGCAACAGUUCCUGUAUGGAAAAUGGGGUCACUGGUUCGAUGGGUCAAGAUGAAGUUGAUCAAAUGUCAAAAAAUGGUGAGCCAGACAAGAGGGAACAUGAAGAUGAACACACAAGGAAGGAGGAGCUAAACAGAAACGAUGAGAGAGCUGUUGCCGAACAGGAUAUGGUGGACUGCGAAGCAGGGGAAAAAGAUGAAGGUAAUGAGUGCCUAUCUGUAUCAGCUGUAAAAGAAACAGAGGAUGACAUGGGAAAUCAAAAAGUCAGAGGAGCUGGUAUGGAGGACAGGUUGGUGCCUACGGCAGACCCAAGAAAUGAAAUUCAAAUUGUGGAAAAUCUUGCAUGUGCUCCUGGGUUUAUCAGAAGCCUAAGUGGGCCAGAGAGUUUAAGGCCUCAACUAAACUUAGAGGUGGUGCUGGAUGGGCUUCAGGAUGGGAGGUGGAAUACUGAAGUUUUUGGUAACAUUGAUGAGAAGCUGAAACAAGCAGAGGAGGAAUUGCAUGAGUGGGAUUUAUUAGCUGAAGGAAGGAAUCUACAGGAAGCUGAGAUCAAAAGAAGGGAUGAGCCUGGGAUGAUAAAACAGCCAGUGGCAAGUCACUUCAAGUACCUUUUCACUGAAGAUUGGAAGUAUAGACCAAAAUUAGUAGGUGUCUUUGACUCAAUCAGUCCAACUGACUCAGCUGAGUUAUUAGAGGCAGAAUUUUUGGAGGAAGAAAUCUGGGAAGCAAUCAAAGAUUGUGAUGGGAAUAAAGCGCCGGGACCGGAUGGUUUUAAUCUAAAAUGUAUUCAGAAAUGUUGGGCCAUCAUGAAAGGAGAGUUUGUGCAAUUGAUGAAUGAAUUUCAUUCUAAUGGAAAGCUAGCUCAAGGAAUAAAUAGUUCAUUCAUUACCUUAAUUCCUAAGAAGGAAAACCCUGUGGGGUUUCGAGACUAUAGGCCAAUCAGCUUGAUUAGCUCUGCAUACGAAAUUGUAGCUAAAGUCUUAUCCAGAAGGUUGAGGAAAGUGUUACCCAAGGUUAUUAGUGAAGUUCAAACUGCAUUUUUGAGCGGAAGGCAUAUUAUAGAUGGGGUUCUAAUUGCCAAUGAAGUGGUGGAUUGGUGGAAAAGGUCAAAAAAGAAAGGCCUAAUAAUAAAGCUGGAUUUUGAAAAGGCAUAUGACUCUAUAAAUUGGGAGUUCUUGUACUCGAUGAUGAAAAAUUUCGGUUUUGGAGAGAAAUGGGUGGGGUGGAUGAAGACUUGCCUAUCCACAGCUCGUAUUUUAGUGCUAGUAAAUGGUUCACCUACUUCGGAGUUCUCGCCCAUGAAAGGUCUUAGGCAAGGUGACCCACUCUCUCCUUUCCUCUUUAAUAUUGUAGCGGAGGGUUUGAACAUUCUCUUGGAAAGAGCUAAGGAAGUGGGCUUGAUUAGAGGGGUAUCUGCAGGUCCAACUGAGUUGAAAAUUACACACUUGCAGUUUGCCGAUGAUACCAUUAUUUUUUGUGAAGCGGAGUGGGAGGAAGUUAUAGCCGUAAAAAGAAUAUUAAGGUGCUUUGAGCUGAUGUCUGGACUCAAAAUAAAUUUCCACGAAAGUAAGGUGUGUGGGGUAGGCGUGCAGGAUGAUAUUGUCCAGGUCUUGGCAAAAAAACUAAACUGUCUAAGUCAAAAGUUGCCAAUGAGUUAUUUGGGGCUACCAUUAGGAGCAAAUCCAAGGAGAAAGGCUGCUUGGAAACCUGUGGUAGACAAGUUUAAGAGUAAGCUAGCUUCGUGGAAGAGAAGCUAUCUUUCUUUUGCCGGAAGAUUAACAUUGAUCAAAUCCGUUCUGUCAAGCCUGCCAGUUUAUUUCCUUUCCCUAUUCAAGUUGCCAGUGGGUAUUGCAAAAGUACUUCACAAAAUUCAAGCUAACUUCCUUUGGGGAGGGGCUGAAAUCCGUAAGAAAGUGCACUUAAUUAACUGGAAAGAGAUAUGCCUAAGUAAAACUAAAGGUGGGCUAGGGGUGAGAAACCUAAGCCAGGUUAAUGAGUGCCUACUAGUAAAAUGGUGGUGGAGGUAUGGCAAGGAGGAGACAGCUUUGUGGAAACAAGUGAUAUGUAGUAAGUAUGGAGGUUUAGGAGGCGGAUGGUGUCCCUUAUUUAUUAGUUUAGUGUGGAUGUCGCAUACGUGGAAGGAUAUAAUAUCAGUGGCUGUAGUCAACACUGUUUUGCGUGAUUUCUUCUUGCAAAAUUUCAGGAUAGUUGUUGGAAAUGGCAGAAGACUGCAAUUUUGGAUUGAUAAGUGGUGUCUCAACCAAAAUCUGAGUGUGUUUUUUCCCAGAUUAUUCACAUUAUCAGUUGAAAAAGAUGGGAAGUUGGCUGAUUUUUUCAAUAGAAAGGUGUCAGAUUCAGAUUGGAAUCUGGUCUUCAGACGUCCCCUCCUAGCAUGGGAAGAGGAGGAAGUGCAAAAACUUAAUGACUUUCUGCGGAAUGCGCCUAGCCUCCAAGAAGGGGUGGCAGAUUCUUGUUCUUGGUUAGCUCAUCCGUCUGAAGGGUUCACUGUGGCAUCACUUUGGAUGUGGGUGGAAGCAAGGCAAGGGGUAGAUUUGACAGUCACUAGGUGCAUUUGGAACAAUUUAGCCCCUCCCAAAGUUCAAUUCUUUAGUUGGUUAGCGUGGAAAGGAAGGAUUAAAUGUUCUGAAUUUUUGCAACGAAUUGGAGUGUUGAGUCCAAGUACCUCUGCGCUCUGUGUGUUCUACAGAUCUGAGUUGGAGACUGUUAACAAUGUUUUUCUUCACUGCCCCUUCAUCUGGAAAUUGUGGGCCAAUUUAGUGAACUGGUGGAAUUCCAAAUGGGUUAGUCCUGGAACAGUGGAGGGACUACUUAUGUCGUGGGCAGGUAUAAGAAUGAAGAAGAAGAUGCUAGCUGUUUGGAAAACAAUUCCGGUAGCAGUUAUGUGGCCAAUGUGGAGAAGUAGAAAUGAGUGUUUAUUUAAUAAGUUAUCUGUUACAGCUGAUAAUUGCUGUCUUGAAUCUGUUUUGGGGUGGCCUGAGAAGGUUGCAGCUGUUAAGGCUGAAGCUCUGUGUUAUGUUUUUGCAGAUGUUCAUCAUGGUUUCUGUGGGCUGUUUUUUGGUGGGAUGAAUCUGAUGGGUGUUGUUGGUGGACUGCAACUGCUAUAUGAGUCUGCAUCCAGCUCUUCUAUAGGCCUGCAACUGAUCUAUGAGUCUGCUGCUGUGUUUGGUCUGGCUGCUACUGUGUUAGGAGUUCAUGCUGGACGCUUGAUGGGGCUAUGUGCUGUUAUGCUUGUCUGA